GGCGGAGGGACGGGCCGGGCCGGGGCUGAGCCGCGCCGCUCCCGCCGGAGGCCGUGCUCUCCCGCUGGGCGCGGAUGGCGACGGUGGCCCGCAGGGGCGGCCCCGGCAUCAAGUUCAGGCCGCGCCCCGACGCCGGGGGAGUGAAGAGGAAGUCAUGGUUGCAGCGCCCACUGCUGUAUGUCGGCAUCCUGCUGCUGGUGGUGGUUGUGGUGCUGGUCGCGGUGACGGUGAUACAGACCGCGCCAGUGCCACAAAAACUGAAGUAUGGCGUGGUCCUGGACGCGGGCUCCUCACACACGGCGCUCUUCAUCUACCAUUGGCCGGCGGAGAAGAUGAACGACACUGGACUAGUGGAGCAGUUGGGGUCUUGCAGCGUGAAGGGCCCGGGGAUCUCCAGUUACUGGUCGGAGGUGGAGAGGGCCGGACCCUCGCUGCAAGCCUGUCUGGACAAGGCGAUGGAGACUAUUCCCGCCCAGCAGCACACUGAGACCCCAGUGUACCUGGGCGCCACGGCCGGCUUGCGUCUGCUGAGGCUACAGAACCGCAUUCAGGCAGAGAAGCUGCUACAUGCCGUGGAACAAUUCAUCCACACGUAUCCGUUUGAUUUCCAGGGAGCUCGGAUCAUCAGUGGGUUGGAUGAGGGGGCUUUCGGAUGGAUCACCAUCAACUACCUGAUGGGGAUCCUGCAGCAGGACACAGCCGGGGAGCCAGACACCCUGGGUGCGCUGGACCUGGGCGGGGGGUCCACACAGAUCACCUUCGUUCCUGACCGGGAGGUACAAGCACCGCAAAACGCCAUGCACUUCCGCCUGUACGGGAGGGACUACAACAUGUACACCCACAGCUUCCUGUGUUACGGCAAGGACCAGGCCCUGAAGAUGUUGCUGCAGAAUCUCAUGGUGCCGGACCAGGGGACCAUUCGCAAUCCCUGCUUCAACCUAGGGUACGAGAAAUCCAUCAACGUGUCGGACUUCUUCAACAGUCCAUGUACGCCGGGCAUGGCCCGCAGCCGGAACCAGACCCUCAGGGUGGUGGGCACUGGCGACUCGCGGCAGUGCCGCCUGCACGUGCGUGCUCUCUUCAACCACAGCACCUGCAGCUGGACCAACUGCUCCUUCAACGGGAUAUACCAGCCCCCGGUCUGGGGCAACUUUGGGGCCUUCUCGGCAUAUUACUUUGUGACGGCAUUCUUCAACAAGGGACAGCAGAGGCAGUCGCUGAGUGAGUUGAAGGAGGCGGUGGAGAAAUUCUGCAAUUUGUCCUGGGCCCAGGCCAAGGCCAUCUACAAAAUCAAGGAGCGCUACUUGAGCGAGAACUGUUUCUCGGGACACUAUGUCCUCGCCCUGUUAAUCAGCGGCUACAACUUCAGCGCCGCCACCUGGGACUCCAUCCAGUUCAUUAAGAAGAUCAAGGGCUCCGACGCAGGUUGGACCCUGGGCUACAUGCUGAACCUGACCAACAUGAUCCCGGCCGAGGGGCGGCCGCCCAAGCCCCUGAGCCCCACCUCCUUCCUCUCCAUCCUCGUCGUCUUCUCAAUCGCCGCCCUCCUGCUGCUGCUCGCCGUCUUCCUGCUGGCGUACCGGAGGAUAUCCCGGGAGCGCCAGAUGCUCCUGACCUAGGCCGCGCCGAGCCGCCUGACCCUCACCCAGUGAUGCGUGCCCGUGUAAAUGGGCUGCAAGGGGGCAGGGUUCAGGCGCAGGGUGGCCCUGGAGCCCGGUCGCUACCGCUCCCUGCCCGGGCCUCUGCAGCAGGUCGGUCAGGGCAGCUCAGGGGCUGAUCGUCCUGAGGGUCAGUUUCCCUUCUAUCUCGGAGCGGGGGUCACCUCCCCUUCCUGCCGUCUGUCCCUAACCCCCCCCCCCCCCCCCCCCACACACACACUCAUCUCUCCCCUGCCCCUUCCCCACCACCAGCAUCAUCCCCAAACCCAAUCACUUCACAGCUCUGCUCCCCAGCCCUGCCCAAAGAUCCUCCGCUAAUCGACAUUCCAUGCGUCCAUCCCUUGGACGUUCACUCCCUCUACCACCCCGGCCAGCCCACCUGCCCCCCACCCCCACCCCACCUCCCACCGGCCCUCCACAACCAAAUGUGUCUCAUGUGGGCGGCGGAACAGGAGACACCAUCACCCACAGUAUCUCCUCCGCCCGGCGCCGGGAGCACCCCAGGCGCUGCCCCGACCCGGGACCACGGCGCCCAGCCGUGUGACAACGUUGUGCCAUUUUGAAGACCGAUUUCUGUGAUUUCAGUCUGAAGAAAGGUCCCGACCCGAAACGUCACCCAUCAUUUUUCUCCAGAGAUGCAGCCUGACCCGCUGACCACCCGCUCCCUCUCACUGCCCAACCAUGUCCACUCCCCAGCCGUCCACUGGCCACUCGUUACCUGCAAAUGGUGGCCGACAAUAAAACCUCAAGCAUUCUGCCGCCUGUUGUAACACCGCGGGCCCAAAUUCCCGCAACACAUUGUUGAGCGAGGCCCGAACAGACAGGCAACUUGGAAAUACUCGGGUCAGGCAGCAUCUGUGGUGAGAAGAACUGAAUAGCGGGGCUACGAGCUUGAACCACUGACUCCGUCUCUCCAGCGGUGGCGCAGCGAUAGUGCCGCUGACGUACAGCGCCAGAGACCCGGGUUCGAUCUUGACUCGGGAUGCUGUCUGUACGGAGCUUGUAUGUUCUCCCUGUGACCUGCGUGAGUUUUCUCCGAAUUCCUUCCACACUGCAAAGACGUUAAGCUUUGUAGGUUAAUUUGCUUUGGUAAAAAUUGUCCCUAGUGUGUUGAUAGUGCUAGUGUACAAGGAUGACAUGGACUGGGUGGGCCGAAGGGCCCGUUUCCGCGCUGAGCAGUUCUCGGAGCCUUUAAUUCAGGUUUUCAGCAUCUGCAGCUGUCCGGCAGCAAAGUUGGUGGAGGCCCCCGUUACGGUCCCGGGCCGGGAGUGUCCAACGCCACGCCCCCACCUUCCGCGGGCCGGAGAACUUCUGACCAAACUCGCCGCGAACCUCCCCACGGAUCUCCUGGGGAUUUUGUGCCAAACAGUUUUAUGUUUCUUUUCAAUAAAAUGUUCGUGCAGAAA